UCAGUUGCGGGUGUUUGUGUCUGACUGUAAGGCUAGAUAACCCGUUAAUUUACCGGGGUUCGUUCCGUUGUUCGUGUCGGUGAAUUGGGAACAUUAACGGGAUGGAAGUCUCUCAGCGUCACGGAGGAGAUGCGGAGAUUUCAGAGAAACUGGAAAAGUCUCUGUCCAUCAGCACAGAUGACAAGAUGGAAGCUUACCACAGAUUCAUACAGGAUGGUAAAGAUGUUGCCAGACAAGGGGACAUUAACAAAGCACUGAAGUUCUUCAGACUGGCCUAUGACAUUCACAAGAGUCAAAAACUUGAAAGCAGGAUAAAAAAAAUUGAAGAUCUUCUUGCUCAGAAUGACUUGGAGGAAGAAGAUGAUGAAGAGUUUGUUGACGUUAACAACAGUGGUUUAAUGCUUUACAAAGAGUUAUAUGACAAACUUUAUAACUACCAGAGAAAUGGAGUGGCCUUCUUGUACAGUCUGUACAGAGAUGGUCGUAAAGGCGGGAUCCUGGCAGAUGACAUGGGCCUCGGUAAAACCAUCCAAGUGAUAUCCUUCCUCUCAGGCAUGUACGACAACGAGUUGGCUAAACACACGCUGCUGAUCAUGCCAACUUCACUCAUCACAAACUGGACUAAGGAGUUUGCCAAAUGGACUCCCGGUAUGAGGGUGAAGGAGUUUCAUGGUGCCGGCAAAGAGAGGACCAGGAAUCUGGAGAAAGUCCAGAGGAGAGGUGGUGUCAUCAUUACCACGUACACUAUGCUUAUCAGCAACUGGCAGCAGCUGUCAUCGUACUGUGGCAAGGAGUUUGUUUGGGACUACAUGAUCCUGGAUGAGGCACACAAGAUAAAAACUACAACCACCAAAACAGCCAAAAGUGCCUACUCCAUACCUUCCAAGAACCGAGUUCUUCUGACAGGCACUCCAGUCCAGAACAACCUGAAAGAAAUGUGGGCUCUCUUCGACUUUGCUUGUCAAGGCACUCUCCUCGGCACAGCGAAAACAUUCAAAGCAGAGUAUGAGAACCCCAUCACCCGGGCCAGAGAGAAGGACGCCACUCCAGGAGAAAAGGCUCUUGGGUCUCGGAUGUCUGAGAACCUAAUGGCCAUAAUCAAACCCUACUUCCUCCGCAGGACAAAAGCGGAAGUGCAGAAAGACAAAAUGAACGGUGCACAGCCAUGCAAAGAGAAACAUUCGGACAACAAGGACAGCCAUGUCCCAAACCCUCCAGAAGAUUCUGGAGCAGUGAUGCCCAAGCUGACGAGAAAGAACGACCUGAUUGUCUGGACUUACCUGAGCUCCGUCCAGGAAGACAUAUACACACAAUUCCUGUCACUGGACCACAUCAAGGAGCUGCUCAUGACCACCAAGUCGCCUCUAGCCGAAUUAAACAUAUUAAAAAAGCUGUGCGACCAUCCGAGACUUCUCUCUGCUACAGCCAUCGCCAAGUUAGGCUUGGAGGAGAGUUCACCUGAGAAUGAGCAGAAUGAAAACACAGAGGCAGACACAGGCAGCAUCGCUAACGUUCCUGACGACACCCUAAUAUCUGAGUCUGGGAAACUUGUCUUUCUGUUUGAACUUCUUGAAAGGCUCCGAGAAGAGGGCCACCGCACACUCGUCUUCGCUCACUACAGGAAAGUGCUUGACAUCGUCGAACGCAUCCUAGGCAACAGAGGCUUCAAAGUCAUGAGACUAGAUGGGACAAUAACUCAGCUUGCAGAGAGAGAGAAGCGCAUCACUAAGUUCCAGACUGACAAAAGUUACUCUGUCUUCCUCCUGACCACCCAGGUCGGAGGAGUUGGCAUCACUCUGACAGCAGCAAACAGAGUUGUGAUCUAUGAUCCCAGCUGGAACCCAGCGACAGACGCUCAGGCUGUGGACAGGGCAUAUCGCAUCGGCCAGACUGAAAACGUCGUCAUCUACAGGCUGAUCACCUGCGGCACUGUCGAGGAAAAGAUCUACAGGCGUCAGGUUUUCAAAGACUCCCUCAUCAGACAGAAUACUGGGGACAAGAAGAACCCUUUUCGAUACUUUAGCAAGCAGGAGCUGAAGGAGCUCUUUACUCUGGAGGACACACGGUCAUCGUCCACACAGAUGCAGCUUCAGGCCAUGCACUCCAGACACAGGCGGACUGACCCUGAACUGGACCAACACAUCGCCCACCUCCAUGCCAUGGAGAUGUUUGGGAUCUCUGACCACGAUCUCAUGUUUUCCCUGGAUGUUAACCAUGACGAGGACCCAGAGGACCAAGAGGCGCAACACUAUAUAGAAGGGAGGGUCCAGAAGGCCCAGGAGCUGAUGAAGGCUGAGUCAGAGUUACAGUUGCAGCUGGCAGAGAGCAUGGCAUCAAGUACAGAACCCGCCUGGCUCAGACAACCUGUGGACAACAACAAAAGUGGGCAGUCCAAUGAGAAAAAACCAAGAGACCCAAGGCCAAGUCCUUCCUAUCCACAGCAUGACUUCAACAGGUCACCGGUUGUGGUGGACUUGGACCAGUCUGGUUCUGACCAGCAGGAUGCCCGACAGAAUCUGAGUGACAGAGUUAUCGAUCUAACUGCAGAUAACAGUAUGUCAGAGGAACAACCUGUUAUGGAAGUUAGCCAAGACAAGCUUUCUGAACACAACCUGGAUUCCCCGAAACACCACCCUGUCAAGCAGGAGAGGAGUUACUUAGAAGUAGCAAACACAUCACCUCAGGAGGUGAUUGAGGAGUCUUUGGUGAUGUCGGAGACCAGUGCUGCUGCUGCAGGUGACAUGGCAGAUGCCUCCGUUCAAGAACUAAUGGAUGAGUCUGCAGUGUCUGAAGCUGCAGCUGCUUUGGCAGGUGACCACAGUCUGGUGUAUGUUACAGCGGUCGAUGAAGAUGAACAGCUGCUAACCGGAACCUCACACUCAAAAUACGACUCCAAGAUGGACUUGGGGCAUCCACAUGUCACACCCCUGCAGAACAAACGACUCUCUGCCUUACAAGCAUCCAUGUCAAGCUUCAAAGCAGACACAUCAUCCAGAGCCAGCACUGGGCUCGAAUCCUUUGAAGGCAACUUCAAUUUGCAGCUUGAAGACAGUGACAUGUUCUCAGACCACGAUGUACUGGAUCAGCAGACCGAAGAAGAAGAGAAGAAGCUGCUGUCACAGCUGCAGGUCGAGGGGAGUUUUGACAUCAAUAAAUCCCUUUCUGAGAGACAGCAGAGAGAAGCACUCAAGCGAAGCCUCAACAACGGCCACGCCUCUGAAAUGGACGAGUCGAAUGAUUCCAUUGUGACCUUCAAGAAGAAAAGAGCAGCAGUGAUUUAUGAUAGUGAAGAAGAAGAUGAUGAUGAUGAUGAUGAUGAUGAUAGGAGUCAACUCGACAACUCAUUCCAGGUUCUUGGUGCAUCAACACCUAAAUCGGCGCCAUCAGGCCCCGCCCCUCUACGGUCGAGAAAGAGCACCGGAGGAAACACGUCCGUGGCCUCACGCCGGUCCCUCCUUCAGUCCAUCAUCGACGACAUGGACGACCACAACCAAGACGUUUCUGAUGAGUCCAAAGAGGAGGACAUCAUUGGUUCAACUCAUGAUGAGCUCCGGCUGGAGGAGAGCCACAACCAAGACUCAGCUGACGGAGAGGAAGAUGAUAUUUCAGAGAGGCAUUCUGAUGAGGCCGAAGAGGAGGACAUCAUUGGUUCAACUCAUGAUGAGCUCCAGCUGGAGGAGACCAUCGGAGAGACAUUAAACACGGAGGGGGAGGAGGAAGAAGAUGAGGAUGAUGAGUCGGGACAAGGGUCGAGCAGUAACAUGGAGGAGUCGGCCAGCGAGCCCGAGCUAGCCUCCGAUGAAAGAAUGGAUCAGUGCACUGUUGAUGAAGGAGUCAAGAUGAACGGGACGGAGGAGGUCAUGGAGGAGGAGAGCUUCGACUCCCUGGUCAGUAGAGGGAAGGAGUUCCGCAGCAAAGGGAAGCUGGACGAGGCCCUGGGUUUCUUCCUGAGAGCUAUCGACAUCAAACCUGGAGAUCCUGAAAUUCAGCUCAUGACCAUCCAACUGUACCGACAGCUGAGUCAGAGAAGCUAAUCAGACAAUACUACGAACAACUUCGACCACAACCUAAAAUUAUACUGUUAGAGAGGACAGUCGGGGCCUCGCUGGCUGUUUAACAAAAACGUCUUAGUUUGUCCAUGCAGACUCAUUGUUUAACUUUGAAUUUGAAUUUGUCAUGUUGAACUGUUUUUGAAGUGGGGUUGUAUGAGGUACUUAUUUACUGUCGGUAUGUUACCUGCAGUAGAUGUCAGUUGGCACUCCCCCAGUUUGGAGAAGCAGGCUGGAGUCCGACAUGGAAGCUAAGCAAUGUGCUGCUGUGGACGGGUCAGCAACGGAACAUAUUUUAGCCACCUAAAAAAAAAAAAAGGUCCAACUCAAAUAUCAAUAUCAUUUAAGGUGUUUGCUAUAUUGAGAAUAUUUUCACUCCUUUACCUUUCUGUCAGACAGUGAUUUCCAGCUGGAGAAUGAAGCUGAUACAUCGCUCUCCUCAAAGCCAGAGUCUUCUGACAAAGACAGUAAUUUUAGCUCUCUGGGCACAGGAGCUGCUCGUCUGCUGCUGCCUCAAAUACUUAUUUUGUUUGUGGUAUUGUGUGACUUUGGUGUUUAAAGGGCUGGUUUGGACUCACCAAAGUCACACAAUACCACAAACUA